AUAAAGCCCGUGCAAGCCGUCACCAUGGCACGACACAAGUUCCUCGCUGUUCUCGAGCUUGACAAGACAGCCGUUGACUGCUUCCUUACCGCCGAGCUCCGCCGCUCAGUUGAUAUACUCCUCUUAGACAUCUUUUGUAUCUCGCAUUCACCUGCGUACUUUGGCCCGGCCGUGACUGUUCUCUCAGAAAUCGAGGCAAGUUGGCGCGAGACUUGGCGCGAAGAUAUACUCCUGCUCGAUUGUCGGCUCGUAGCUGCAUGCUUAUAGCUUGGUCAUAUAAAGACUUAAAAGGAUGACGACUCGCUGCUGGCUUGGCGUACACGCUCCGGCCGGAGGUGAUGCGCGGGCGUGUGGCGGGCCCGGCUGUGCGUGUGUGGCACUGCAUGAUGUCGCGGCUGCUGCACUGCGCGGCGCGCUACGCCUCGCUGCACGCGGCGGAGUGGGUGGUGGGGCAGGUGCUGCAGGAGAGCCUGGCGUGCCUGGCGCAGAGAUACCUGCUGCUGUGCCCCAGCGCCCAGAUGCUGGACGAGUUCGUGGCGGACGCCGUACACGCCGUGUCCACCGUGUUCUUGCUGUGCCAGCCCAUACCCAUACGCGCGCCCGCGCAGCGCAACAUGGACGCAGAGGACGCCGCGCCGCCGGGAGGAGGAGGCGGCGGCGGCGGCAGCGUGGCGGCGGGCGGCGCGGGCGGUGCCGCCGCCGGCGCGGAGGCAAGCACGGCCAAAUCGCCGCGCAACCUCGGCAGCGGGACCCCCCGCGCGCCGCCGCUGGCCCGCGCCGCCGCCUCCGGCCUGGGCGGCAGCACCGGGGACACGUCAGCCAGGGCGGCGGCCGCCGCCAACGCCGCCGCCAACGCCGCCGCCGCCAACGCCGCCUCGUCCUCCUCCGGCCUGCAUGUCACUCGCAAGCUGCGUGUGCCGCACAUGAUGGUGAAGGCGCUGGCGGGCGCCGCACACGAGUUGUUGGUGCGAGCCGCGCUGCUGCAGCUGCCGGCGCCGCGGUUAGAAGCCAUUGCGGCGCGGCUGCGGCUGGCGCCGGAGGCGCCGGCGGCGGCGGCGGAAAGGGAGGAGCGGGCGGGCGGCACGGCGGCGGCGCGUGUGCACACCGACCCAGAUGGCGGCGCCAGCCCGCGGCAGGCGGUGCCGCCCGUAGACGACGGCGCCAGCGGCGGCGCCGCCAGCGGCCCGGGCCCAGUGGCGGAGGGCACCAUGCUGCCGCCGACCGUGUCGGAGCUGGGAGUGACGGGGCGCACCGGCUCCGCCACCGGCGGCGCGCGCCACCGCCUCGCCGCCACCACCACAGCCACCGACGCCGGGCCCGCCGCGCCGCCGGCAGCAGGGCCGGCGGCGGCCCCGGCGUUGCUACCCAGCCCGGGCGCUGACGUCAGCGCGAGCCGCGUGUCUGCACCCGACGCCGCCGCCGGCGGUUUGACGACGCUGCCCAUGCCACCCGUCGGCGCCGUCGCCGCCGGGGCCGCCACCGCGGCGGGUGCGCCCGCCGCCGGCGCGGCGGCGGCGGCGCCGCCGCGCGCCGCCGCGGGCGGCUUCGCCCGCUCCGGCGGCCCUCCUCCACCCAUGGUGGAAAUCCCCGGGUCCUUCGGCCGCCUCCUCAGCACCAACGACAACACGUUUCUGAGCUCCGGCGGCAUGGCCGGCGCCGCCGCCGCCGCCGCCGCCGCCGCGGCGGCGGCCGAGGUCGCGGAGGACGCGGCCACGUUGGCGCACUGGUCUAGCUGGUUGCCUGGCGAGGUGCUGCGGUCGCUGCGGGGGCCUGAAGAGGCCAUAUCGCUUACGUCGGCCUUCUUCGUGAACCAGCACAUGCCGCUGGGGGACCGGCUGGUGCCCAAGGACAGCACGGACCCGUGGCGCCGGCACCCGAGCGCGCAACGCGACAUGUGGCUGCGCUGUCUUGACCACCUGGCCGAGAGCGCCAGUGCUGACCAGGUGCUGGAGGCGCUGGCUCGGCGGCACGAGCUGCACGCCAAGACGGGCGCCGAGCCCAACCUGGCGCAGGCGGCCCUGCAGCUGGAGCGGCUGCGGCAGCAGGCGGCGCAGGGCGAGGAGGUGGGGCCACAGCUGCUGCAGGCGGCGGAGCAGGCGCACAGGGAGGCGGCGGAGUACUGGGACGGGCGGGGGCGGGUGCGGCUGAUGGCGCAGCGGCUUGGGCUGCUGGCGGGGCAGCGGCUGGGCGAUUGAGGACGGCGGCGGGGGCGGCAGGGGUGGGGAGUGGGGAGUGGGCGAGGUGGGCCAGGUGGGUGAGGUGGGUAAUGGUGGGAGGGUGGAUGGGGAGUGACAGGAAGGCAGGGUGGUGGGUAAUGACAGGAACGCACGGGAUGGGUGGCCCUCGAACCGGGUUUAAGAUGUGGUCGGACGGGUGUUAUCGUUAUAGGCAGCAGGGCAUGUUGAGGGGGACAGGGGGCCGUGGCUGCUGCGGGUCGACACCGAAUGGUCAUCGUGCCCCAGCCGCUGAUUACUGCACGAAACACGGGGGAAGAAAGGGAAGGCAGCAUGAAAGCAUCGAAUGUGUGAGUCAGGGGCCGGGCAGGGGCAGGGGCAGCGAUUGCCCCCCUGAUGUGGCUCCGGGGUGUCUCUCGGACGGUGGGAUUUGAAACAGUAUCAUUUGUGUGAAAUUGUGUGCUCCGUAUGUUGGUUGGUUGUAUUUGAAUAAGUUUGUGCGUGUUUUGGACGUUCCGACCUACUCCCUUGCCUACUCCUUGUGAACCGCACCGUGAGCGGGCCUCGGACCACACCGGACUUGUCAGCGGCAUGAGUUAGGACUGGCCACGGCGCGUGUGUGUUCCUAUGCAGUUCACACUGCACUCCGCCAGUGCCAGUACCCAGUGCAGGCGCAUGCAGUGCAGCUCUCGUUAUAAUGGAGUUGCGCUUGUGCAGCAGAGCCCACCAGCCUAGCACACUAGCCCAUGGGAAAUGGGGGAGGAAGGACGGGGCGAGCAGCAGUCAAGGCUGUGGCGCUGUGAUCAUACGACCCGGGGCCUGGGGUCACAGGCUCACAGCGCAGGAGUUGGGAGUCAGCCGUGCUGGACCCGGGGGCCAGGACAGGGGCAGCGAGGAACGCGGAUUACACGGUCGUCGGAGGCACAGAGACGUUGUAGA